AUGUCGGCCAUCUCGGAGGAGGAACUUGAGAGGGAGGUCCGCACACUCAAACACUUGCGACGCAGGUCGGCGACUGGGACAGGUCCAGGCGAGCUCCCGUUGGACCCGGACCUUCCCCCACCAGAUUCAUUCCAGCAAGGGUCUGAAGCUAUGCAGUACUCGUCCAACGACGAUGUGACGCUCAGCUUGGACGGCGACUCGGGUCUGUUCUGGGUGCCAGCGCAUCUCCAUCCAGAACUAGCGCCGGGCGAGUUUCGCAACUUUCUCAAGUCGCACACGGUCGAUCCAGAUGCCGACGGCAGUGAUACGGACGAGGCCACGCUGGCGCGCAGCCCGUCGUGGCUCGCGCGUAGCAGGUCCAUGUCUGUCCACCUGAACCGCAAGAAGUCGAUGCUGUCCAAGCAGUAUACGCCUAGGCCUGGCGACAAUGUCGAGACGGAGAGAGUUCCUGUCAGGCGCGGGUCGUUGGCGGCGCGUCACACCGAGCAUGGCCCAACCCUCCGUGAUCUGCAGAAGCUUGAGGAGCUCGUCGACGACCCCGAGUUCACGCAGAACCCGGACAAGAUGCGCGAGGUCCUGCGGCGAAGCUUGAGCCAGCGGAUGCAACCUGGAUUGAACGAGACAACCGAAGGUGACGGUGAGACCGACGCACCCCUCCUCCCACCACGUACUGGAUCCAUCAUCCGUCGCACUGCGAGGACAAAGAUCCGCAAGGGACCAAACGAUGGCAGCCGACGGUACUCGUCUGGGCGGCGUCAGCGCAUCACUUCACCUAGCCAGCAGCACAUCCGCGGCGAAUCUUCCUCAAUGGAGGAUGGUGAUCGGCGCAGCGAUGAGCGACGCAGUGACGAGACGAGCGAAGAAACCAGCGAGGCAUUCCACGAGCCUGCGCCCGUCGCAGUGGAACACGUUCCCGCACACGACGACUCGACGGACGAAUCCCAAAUCGUCGAUGCGUACACGCGGGCGUCGGUAGUGGAACCUUACGAUGAUAGCAGGUCGCCGAGCCCUGACGAGCCUGCGCAGGCAGCUGUGCCGCACGGGCGGCAACGCCCUCACCUACAUCCUAUCAUCACGAGCGUCGAGAAGCCCGGGUUCACUCCGGCGCAGCAGGACGCCGACUUGAGCGCGGCUCUCCACGCUGUCACCUUGUUACCACCAUCUGGCGCCUCGGAGGACAUAUUCCAGGCGCGCCCGGACUCGUUCAUGGACAACUAUGCGGACGUGUACGCUGGGGACGAGGCAUAUCGGGCCUACCUAGAGGAGGAAGAAGAGGGGCCACCUGCACCUUCACCGCCGUCCGAGGCUGCUGCAGUGAUGCAGCAGCAACAGCCGCAGGUUCCGGGCCAGCAGGCUCUCUUGCCUGGAAUGGCGCCACCAUUACAGAGCAUGCCGCCCAGCAUGUCAACCUCUGGGCAACAGCGGCCAGUUCCUCCGACGCUGGUCAUCGGCCGCCCACCGUUAGCGCGCACAGACUCGAACGCGUCGGUGCAGUCAUCUGCAUCUUCUACCGCGACUGCGACCUCCACUUCGACGACUCCACCUCAUCACCACCCUGGCCGAGAGAAGGAGAAGGAGAAGAGCCGGAAGGGUCUGUUCGGCAAGAAACACAGCAAGGAGAAGGACAAGCCUAAAAAGGAGAAGGACGGACUCUUUGGCGGCCUGUUCGGAGGCUCAAAGAAGAAGCAAGAGGAGGCCUCGUCGGUUUCCAACUUUGCGACCGCUGGGCCUGCAGCUGCCGCCGCACUCCUUGGCACAUCCAAAUCUGCCAGGUCGCUCCAGCCUUCAGGCGCGUCAUCGCCCACCUCGCCGGGAUUUUCCAACUUUGCCCGCUAUCCGAUUCAUGUCGAGCGUGCUGUCUACCGCCUCAGUCACAUCAAGUUGGCGAAUGCGCGCCGGCCCCUGAUUGAGCAGGUGCUCAUCUCGAACCUCAUGUUCUGGUACCUCGGCGUCAUAGGCAGAGCUGCAGGUCCCGCGGAGGACUCAAAGCCCGGCACGGUCAACGGUCUCGACAAGGACCGCGACGAGACCCAGCGUACUCCUCCGCCCAAGGGAACGCCACCCCUAUCGCCGGACUCUGGGCAGUUUGAGGACAAGAGUGCACAUCUGCGCCAGCAGCUGUCCACGUUACAGCAGCAGCCGCGACGGGACGAGCAGCAGCAGGAAUUGUCGCCUCCACUGUCGCCGUCGCCGACUCGCAAGACGGGUCUCGUUAAGCCGGAGCGCAGCAGAAACGCAAACAACAGCGAGGCAGCUUACCGCGCGCCACAGUAUGGCAAGCAGAAUGCGCAGAUGGAGCAGGAGAUGCGUCCUGCGCAGCUCAAGCCAACUCCGCAGCCGCCACAGCAGCAGCAGUCCACUCAUCGCACAUCCCCACCCCCUCCACAGCGAGAGCAGCAGCAGCCUCCGGCGUCUUACCCGCAGGCUCCUGCACCCGCCCCUCGCACAUCAUCCAUACCAUCCAAUCCUCAGCGCACGCGGUCCCCUCCAUCACCAGCACACCAACAUCCGCAAACGUGGCCCGAGUAUCCACCAGGAGUUGCCCCGCCGCGACCGCAGCAAUUUGCCCCUGGCGGUGGCCGACCCAUCUCGCAGCAGCCCGAGCGCCGGCCCCAACCUCCACCAGGCGCCCAACCAGCUCGUCCCCAGCAGCCGGGCAUACGCCCGCCCCCUCAACAGCAACACCAGGGAGCACAGCAGACGGCCAAUGGAUCCAUGCGAUCUGACCGGCCAAUGUACGCGCCGUACCCAAGUGGUGGCGGUGGUGGGCCUGCACAGCGUAACGCAGGCCAACCUGGCCAGGGAUACCCGUAUCCCCAGCAAUACGCUCGGCCUGGGCACCACGGACCCCAGCCUGGCCAGAUAUUCUCGGCUCAGCCCGGUCAGAUAUUCCACCACCCGCAGUACCAGAACCAACCGCGGCCCCCUGGUGCCGCACCAGCUCAGAACAGGGGAGAGCCGCAACGGUUACCACCUGGACAACAGCAGGGGCCGGCCCUGGCGCAGACGCCACCUAGACGCGGGUCAUCCAACGCGCCCGCGGACCCGUACGGGCGCCAGGGCUACCAGCAGGGCGGGCAGACGUCGCCUACCAAUGGCGGAUUUUAUUCUCAGCAACGUCCACCUGGUCAGUACCAGCAGUACCCGUCAGGCCAGCAGCGCGCACAGCCAGUACCGUCUGGCCAAUAUCCGCACCACCGGUGA